AUGACUACUUACAAAGCUCAUUGCUUGAUCUUGCCAUUUCCAGGCCAAGGUCAUAUCAACCCAAUGCUUCAAUUCGCCAAACGUUUACAAUCCAAACGUGUUAAAAUCACUAUAGCACUCACAAAAUUCUUUUUGAAAAACAUGAAAGAAUUGCCAACUUCAGUGUCAAUCGAGGCCAUAUCCGAUGGCUAUGAUGAUGGUGGUCGCGAUCAAGCAGGAUCUUUUGUGGCCUAUGUUACAAGAUUCAAAGAAGUUGGUUCGGAUACUCUGUCUCAGCUUAUUCAAAAGUUAGAAAAUUGUGGAUGCCCUGUAAACUGCAUAGUAUAUGAUCCAUUCCUUCCUUGGGCUGUUGAAGUAGCAAAGAAUUUUCGAUUAGUUAGUGCUGCAUUUUUUACACAAAAUUGUGCAGUGGAUAAUAUUUAUUACCAUGUACAUAAAGGGGUAAUAAAACUUCCACCUACUCAAAAUGAUGAAGAAAUAUUAAUUCCUGGAUUUUCAAGUACAAUUGAGGCAUCAGAUGUACCUUCUUUUGUUAUUAGUCCUGAAGCAGAAAGAAUACUUGAAAUGUUGGCAAAUCAAUUCUCAAAUCUUGACAAAGUGGAUUGGGUCCUAAUCAACAGCUUCCAUGAGUUGGAGAAAGAGGUUAUUGAUUGGAUGUCCAAGAUUUAUCCAAUCAAGACAAUUGGACCAACAAUACCAUCAAUCUAUUUAGACAAGAGACUACAUGAUGACAAAGAGUAUGGUCUUAGUAUCUUCAAACCAAUGACCAAUGAAUGCCUAAAUUGGUUAAAUCAUCAACCAAUUAGCUCAGUGGUGUAUGUAUCAUUUGGAAGUUUAGCCAAAUUAGAAGGUGAUCAAAUGGAAGAAUUGGCAUGGGGUUUGAAGAAUAGCAACAACAACUUCUUGUGGGUUGUUAGGUCUACUGAAGAAUCCAAACUUCCCAAGGACUUUUUAGAGCCGCCAACACCCAAAUCCCUCACUCUAUUUUCCUCUUCCCCAAAGCCAACUGAAGCAGCCAUCAAACAACCUCUUCUCCCUCACCACAAACCACCAUCGCUCCACCCACCAAGCUCCAAACACAACCAACCACCACCGUCUGAAAACAACCAACAACCAUCUCCGAGAACAGCCAGCAGCUCCAGCGAAGGCAGCGCCGACCAGCAGCUCCUCCACUCCUCCCGUCUCUGCACCGCAAGCAAUAGCAGGCAGCAGCCUCACGAAACUCCGACGAGGACUCCGCCAACAACUCAAAUCCCACAAGCACGAGUUCGAGUUCCGAUAAGGUGUUUUCUGACACACUGUGGGUGGAAUUCGACUCUGGAAGCAAUUAGUUUGGGAGUGCCAAUGGUGGCAAUGCCACAAUGGAUAGAUCAACCAACAAAUGCAAAAUUUGUGAAGGAUGUUUGGAAAAUAGGUGUUAGAGCAAAACUAGAUGAAAAAGGGAUAGUUAGAAGAGAAGUUAUUGAAGAAUGUAUAAAAUUAGUGAUGGAAGAAGAGAAAGGGAAAUUGAUUAGGGAAAAUGCAAAGAAAUGGAAGGAAAUAGCUAGAAAUGUUGUGGAUGAAGGAGGAAGUUCAGAUAAAAAUAUUGAAGAAUUUGUUUCCAAGUUGGUCACUAUAUCCUAAGUACGAAAUUAUAUAA